AUGUCUACGAACCCGCGCUUCGACUCCACGGAUUACAAUCCUCCUCCUCCUCCUCCUCCAGCUGAACGUUCACCUAAUGCGCCACCCAUCAGCAAACGCUCGCUGCGCCCCUUUAUUUGGGCGGCUCUAUUCACCCUUUUCGGCGUCGCGGGCGGCCAAUUCACGUCCAUGAUCGUCGCGCCGCCCGAACUACCAGCCGCGGGUUCCAAGGAAGACGAUGCCAUGGUCGAAUACAUCCACAAGCAAGCGUCCAAACUGCCUAUCGUUCAAUCCCUCUCGAUGGACUCGGCCUGGACGAGCCACGAUGCAUACACAUCUCUCCCGCAACAGGAGCGGGAAAAGAGGAUCACCACGGGGCCUCUAGCGGGGGCGAGAGCCCUGGGGGGCUUCCAGCGGAUAUAUACGAAUACGGAGACGGGGGAGGUGGUUACCGUUAUCUGGUUUGGAGGGGCGGUGGCAGGAUGGCCUGGCGUGACGCACGGGGGUGCCAUUGCGACGGUGCUGGACGAAAACUUCGGACGGUGCGCGGUGAGGUGGCUGCAGGGGAGUACGGGGGUCACGGCGAAUCUGGAGUUGAACUAUUUGAAGCCGGUUCAGACGAAUGGCUUUUAUGUCAUCCGAGCUGUGCCGAGUGUGGAUGCGGGAGAGAAGAUGGAGGGAGCAAGACGAAAGCUGUGGGUACAAGGACGGCUGGAGACUGCGGAUGGGAAGGUCUGUGUAGAGGGCAGGGCGCUGUUCGUUGUGCCCAAGAAAUAUUCAACGAGGGAGAUCAAGACGGGAUUUUGA